CGGAAGCAGCUUGGAGGCGGGGCUUCGGGGGACCUUCGCGCGUCCCCGCGUGGCACCGGCGCCAGCGGGAGGGUCGCCGCCACCGCCGCAGAGCAGCGCGUUUCUGGCCGGCGCCCUGUGCGCACAUGGCGAGCGCGGCACAAAUGCCCCCGCGGGGCGGCGGGAAGCGCAAGGGGAAGGCGCAGUACGUCCCGGCCAAGCGCGCCCGGCGCGGCGACGGCGCGGGCCCGCGGCAGCUGGAGCCCGGGCUGCAGGGCGUGCUCAUUACCUGCAACAUGAACGAGCGCAAGUGCGUGGAGGAAGCCUACAGCCUGCUCAACGAGUAUGGCGACGACCUGUAUGGGCCGGAGAAGUUUACAGACCAGGACCAGCCGCCCUCAGGAGGCGAGGGAGAGGACGACGAUGCGGAGGCCGCCUUGAAGAAAGAAGUUGGUGACAUUAAAGCGUCUACGGAGAUGCGGCUGAGAAGGUUCCAGUCAGUGGAGAGCGGCGCGAACAAUGUGGUCUUCAUCAGGACACUGGGGAUAGAACCUGAGAAACUGGUACAUCAUAUUCUCCAGGAUAUGUACAAAACAAAGAAGAAGAAGACCAGGGUUAUUCUACGAAUGUUACCCAUCUCAGGCACAUGCAAGGCUUUCUUAGAAGAUAUGAAAAAAUAUGCAGAAACUUUUUUGGAACCUUGGUUUAAAGCUCCAAAUAAAGGGACAUUUCAGAUUGUAUAUAAAGCUCGAAAUAACAGUCAUGUGAAUAGAGAAGAAGUUAUCAAAGAAUUGGCAGGAAUAGUAGGAAGCCUCAACUCGGAAAACAAAGUGGAUCUUACCAACCCGCAGUACACAGUGGUAGUGGAAAUCAUCAAGGCCGUGUGCUGCCUGAGUGUUGUGAAAGAUUACGUGUUGUUCAGGAAGUAUAAUCUCCAGGAGGUGGCCAAGAGCGCUCAGGACCCGCGGCCGCUCGACCCCAAGCAGGCAGCCCGAGCAGGAAAUGGGGAAGAAGCUAAAUUGGAAGCUGGUGACAGAUCAAAUCAAAAUGACCCAGCAGACGGAAAAAAUAGCCAGCAGGCACCAGAGAAUAGUGAGGAGCAGGGGCAGGCAAAACCGGUAUCUGAGACACAGGUGGCACACGAGGAAGGAGCUAAACCUGAACUUGCAAGUCAAGUCACAGAAGGAUCUGAGUCAAAUGAAAAUGACCUCUUAUAGGGAAAAAAGUCUUUUGAUGUUGGAGGUGAGUUUCUCUAGGAUUCUGCGAGCUGUUGCUGGGGCUCCAUAUAAAAUUGCUACUGAAAAUGUUGUUUUUGAACUUCUUGUGCUGCAUAACGCCGUGCUCACAGUAGUGAGCAGUGACGGAGCCGCCCUGCUGACAGUUCCUUAGAGACUGUGUGCGCCUGCAUGGCAGAGUGCGGUGGGCCCGCCACGGGGUUGGGCUGGACCCUGUGGGUGAUUGGUGAGCACUAUUCACAGAGGGAGUGUGGUAGGAGUAUGACAUUGGCCGCUCCCUCCUGACUACCUGCCCCAGCACGGCCCACCGACUGACUGAUGGGGGCGAACUUCGAGGGAAAUGUUCAUUCUCAGGAAGGAAUUGUCGUGUGCUGCAGCUCAGUUGUCUCCUGAUACUUUGUUGUAAACUGCAAAAACAUGGGGCAAAAGGUUAGAAGUGAAUUGUUUUGUGAAGUUUUUGAACUUUUUGUGAUUUCUUGUUUAGCUGUUAUGCCCGUUUCGUAUUUUCUUAAAAAUAAAAUUUUUUGUUUAUUACAAACAAAUCUGAUGGUCCAGUGCAACCAUUUUUGAAGGCAAGGUGUGAGGUAGAAGAGGACUGUGCUAGGCAUAGAACACAGACACUUCUGAUCAGGUUAGUGAUGAAGAAUUACAGUCUUCGGAGUUACUUGAGCAUAUUAGUGCAACAAGGGACAGAAAGAAAUUCUUUCUUUACAGUGAAAGCUACUUUCUAAUGAUUUUAUAUGGACGUAUAAUCCAAGCUGUCCUAUUCCAGAGUAUAUCAUCUGGAAUGCAACCUAUAAACCUAGAUUUUGGUCCAGCAGUUGCAACUAAAUCAUAGCCAUUUGAUAAGUAAAAUUUGAUUAUUUUAAAUGAUUUUUGGAAUAUCAAAAUAGUAAAGAUUUUUUGUUUAAAAAAUCACAUUCAGUGAAAAAGUGUAGGAAGCAAAUUAUCUAGUAGCAGAACUUAUUCCACAAAAUAAAGUCUCACAUAGUUGGUAAGAAUCUAAUAAAACCAACAUUGAAAUGCUAGGGCAAGAAGUUCAAGAAAUUGAAAAGAUUUUACUCCAGUUUAAUAAAUUGACUUAUAUAUCACAUGAUGCUAAAAAGUUUUCUUUUGUCAUUAACUGAAAAGUAGCGAUUUAUCUGGGUUGAUGAGUCAACAGAUUCCAAGAAUAUUUUUUAAUUUAUUUUUAAUUUUUCAACAGUUGGCAUUCAAUAUUUUAGUUUCAGGUAUACAGCAUAGUGGUUAGACAUUCAUACAACUAUGAUGAAUAUUUGACAUGGUGCAGCAUUUGCAAGAUUUAUAAACGAUGAAUCAAGAAAACUUUCUGCUGCUAGAUGCCUUCCAAAACAAAGGCCAGUAUAAAUGUAAUGGGUCUUCAUAUCUGAAGAGCAAAGGUCUGUCAUCUGUACUCCUGGUGCCCAUCAGCAGUUGGCUUCAUGACACAUUUUGCCUCAUUUAAAAAAAAAAAAAAUGUAAUGUUGAUGUUGUAGCACACUGCUCUCUCCACAGAGAGGUGCUGUUAUAAAACAUGAGAUGAAAGUUUUGGAUAAUGCUACAAAAUGGUUACUUUCGUAAAGACUUCAUUUACGCAAGGAUAUGUUUUUUAAAGCCCCAAACUAAAACCUGAACCAAGAGCACAUAACUCUUUGGAGGUGAAUGACCAGAGUACAGACAAAAUACUGGGCCAGGUUUUACUAAGUGCUUUGAAGAUAAAGAAUGGCUAAGAGAUAUUUCUCAUUGCAUGAACAAACAAAUAUGUUUCUGCAGGGUCCUAGAGAAAAGAUUUUUUCUUAAAAGUGACAAGAUUCUUAGAUUAAAAAGAAAUGGACUCUGGAACAACCACUUGGGUUUGAGAGUGAAGAAAGUAACAAGGCUCAAGCCCCUAACUCUCCUGGAAGAACUGCUAAACCAAAUUGAAUAGCAUUUUCCCUCCUGCCUAACACUUGUGUGUGGCUGGGAGGGGAACCCCUUUCUGAGUCUCAGCCUGAGGUUUUGUCUGGGGAAGAAAAUGAACUGCGUCCUACACUGACAUUGGAUUUCUGUGACAUAGAGCACCCUUCAGUUUAGUGCCCUCACACACAGACCAUGGGGGUUCCCUUAAUUUGAAUGUGUUUUUCAAGGGUUCCUCCAGGGCAAAACUGAAAAAAGCCGGAAGAGGCAGACACCAAAGUAGGUUGCAAAAUUAAGAAUAUUAAGAUGCUGUGAAGUUAGCUUUUGGAGAUUUAAAUUUAAAAAUAUUUGGAAAUGCCCAGCCAGUAUAGAUCAGUAGUUGAGCAUCGACCCAUGAACCAGGCCCUCCUCCUCCCAGCCCCCCAAACCCUGUUUGAUUGCCAGUCAGGGCACAUGCCCAGGUUUCAGGCUCGAUCAGCAGUAGGGGCCAUGCAGGAGGCAGCCUAUCGAUGUCUCUCAUCAAUGUUUCUAUCUCUAUCCUCCCUCUCUAUCUAAAAUCAAUAAAAACACUUUUUUAAAAAGUUUGGAAGUUUCACAAAUGGAAGUCUUCCCUCACCAAUGGCUCUGUUUGUUUAGGGACUAGUGAGCAUGGGUUGGCAAACGACACUAGAAGAUUUGGAUGGGCAAGGGGAAUAGACAGGGCUGCUAAUGCAGGUGAGGCUGGGACUUCCCUACCUGGAAGGUCAGUUCCUAAUAGGUUGAAGUCAACUUGAAAGGAUGAUAAGAGCAUUCCAAGUAUCAUUUGGGGGAACAGCAUAGGACUCUGGUGCCUUCAUCAGACUUGCUCCAAGUCAGAUUAUUUUUAUUUCAACAGUGCAAGACUCUGGGACUUGGAAUUAAAUGGCCAUUCCUGCACCUGUGAAGCUGGGUUCCUUUCAUUUCGUGAAAGCUGCUGCUACAGGAAGAUUCGGGUGUAGUCGUUUGUUUCACUCCCCACUGUGUUUGUUUACGUUCGGAAGACCUGGGUGACCAGAGCUGACCUCCCAGCUGUAAAGGGCUGUGUUCUGUUGGAAUCUGAGUUCAUCCAGUAAAAGACUCGUUUUCAAGGUUACCAACUUUAUGUUCACUGACGUGAGCAUGUUAUUCUAUAAGAGACGAGGUUCCAGGUUAGAAUUGAAUGCUUUCUUUAAAUUUUUCUUUUUAAAAAAUUAUGUCAGUUUUAAAAAGUACACAGCAGUGUUGUGGUCCAGUAAACUUGUUUUUUCUCUAUGGAGAAACGAGCAUUAAACUUGCUACUUUCAAACAUGUUUCUCUAAAACAUGAUUUCUGAAUGUUAUUCUUGUAUUGCUUUUGGUUUUACUUGUACUGAUUUUGGUACAGCCAAAUAUCAAGCUUGUUUUUUUAUAGUUCCUGAUAUUUUUAGAAAAAAUCAAAAUAAAAUUGUUCCAUAAAGA